AUGAAUAAGGAUGUGUGUAGUAACUUCAUUUAUCUAAUGACGAAUUUAGAAUAUGAUUCAAGUAAUAAAAAAUAUCAAAUUAUUAAAGAUGAUCAUUUCAAACAGUAUUGUAGUAAUCAAAAUUGUGUUAAUGAGCUCGAAAAAAUUAGUGCUGGAUGUUUAUAUUUGUUUAAUGAAUUCUUUAAGGAUUCUUCUGUCUUUAAUUCUGUUGCAAAAAGUAACAUCAAUAUUGUUGAUUACAUUAUAAUAUGGUUAAGUUAUAUGUUAAACCUAAAGGAAAAUAAUGAUGGAACCAGCAAUCUAACUUAUUUUUAUACUACAAAUAUAAAUAAUGAUAAGUAUACUAAUACUAUAGAUGGUGUAGAGGGGUAUACUAGUUACAAGGAUCUUAUAGAUAAAAAAAAGGAUUUGAUGGAUAUUUCUAAUGAAAAUAUGUCUAAAUUUUAUGAUGCAUUUAAAUCAUUAUGUGAAAUGUAUACUGAAUUUGAUGACACCAAUAAAAAUUGCACAAAAUGUUCGGGGAAAGCUAAAGAAUUUGUUGAAAAAUAUAAAAAUCUGAAUGAAAAUUCUAAUAAUACUGAAGGCAGUCCAUAUAGAAAAAUAUUGUCAACAUUAUCAAAUGAUUAUAAUAAUUUAAAAAAUAAAUGUGAUAGUUUUCCAACCAUUUCAGAGAUAAACACAUCAACAAAUACUGCAAAAAGGCCUGAACAAGCUUCUGCACAAGCAUCUGAAGUUACAUUAUCAAGUUCGUCGAUAGGAAACAAAUUAAUUCCAGUUUUAUCGAUAUUUGGUGCAAUAGCAUUUUUUUUAGGAAUUGGAUAUAAGUAUUCAUUAUUUAAGUCUCGAAAACGAUCUCGAAAACAGCAUUUAAGAGAAAAGGUAAAAAAUAAAGAAAAACUGGAUAAUUAA